CUGUUUCGGCCAGAGUUUCGGUGCAAAGUCCGUCAGCGUUGGAAUCAGGUUUUGGAUUUGUUAUUGCCGAAUAAUUGCAUUGCGAUUAGAUAGUCGGACGGUCUGUCUACACGGGGCAGACUAGCAUAAUUUGGGACAGCAAAAUGCUACGAACUGCCGGCCAGUCCAUACUCGUUAGACUCUACAGCAGCAUGAAGGUGAAAAUUCCCGUGAAGCAGGGCAUUGUUGUGGGCCAGCAACAGCGGCUGCCCAGUGGCCUGGAGUACAACAGUUUCCUGGGCGUACCUUAUGCGGAGCCACCUGUUGGCAGUCUCAGAUUUCGCAGCCCCGUGCCGCAGGAGCGCUUCGAGCAGCAUGAGCUGGACUGCAGCAGGGAGAGGGAUGUGUCGCAUCAACGCGAUCCCUUCAUCGCCGAAGUGGCCGGCUCCGAGAACUGUCUCUUCCUCAAUGUGUAUGCGCCCAAGGGCAAACGUUCAGCGUCGCCCCUGCCCGUCAUGGUGUGGAUUCACGGCGGCGGCUACUUAGUUGGCAACGGCAACAGCGACUUUCACUUUCCAGCCAAGCUCAUGGAACAAGAAGUCAUUGUGGUCACAUUGAACUAUCGCCUGGGUGCCCUGGGAUUCCUGAGUUUGCCCGAGGAGGGCAUAUACGGCAACAUGGGACUGAAGGAUCAGCGCAUGGCUCUGCAGUGGCUGCAGGAGAAUAUUGCCAGCUUCAAUGGUGAUCCCAGCAAUGUGACGCUCUUCGGCGAAAGUGCUGGCGCGGCGUCCGUGCACCUGCACACGUAUGCGCGGCACGCCAACAAGCUCUUCCACAAGGCCAUCAUGCAGAGCGGAACGGGCAACAUGGAAUGGGUGUUUCAACAGGAUGCAGCCUACAAGACCCGUCGUCUGGCCGAACUCCUGGGCGGCGGCGAUUUCGGCGGCAACACAAAGGCCCUGCUGGCCUUUCUGCAGUCUGAGAAGGUGAAACCCGUUGGCAUUUUGGCCAACACGAUGAAGGUUCUGACAGCGGAUGAGCGGCGCCGCCACCUGCCGUUCGCCUUCAAGCCCGUGCUCGAGGCUGCCAGCAGUCCAGACAGUUUCAUCGAUCAGAAUAUUCUGGAUCUGAUGCACACGAAGGAUCAUGUGGGCAAAAUGCCCAUGAUCAUGGGCUACAACUCGGCGGAAGGACUGGCCAUGAUUUCGAGGGCCAAGCUGAAACUUGAGGACUACGAAGAGGAUUUGGCACGAACGGUGCCGCGUGAUCUGGUGCCGGAUCCACAGGCCCCCGAGGCUCAGCAAGCGGCGGCCGACAUACGAAAAUUCUACUUCAACGGCCAGACAUUGACCAUGCAGCAUCUUAACAGUAUGGUGGAUCUGUUCAGUGAUUAUCACUUCAGCAUGGAUAUGCAGAGAGCCGCGGAGAUUCAUGUCAACUCUCAAACGCAGUCGCCAUUGUACUUUUAUCGACUGGACUACGUUGGCGGACGCAAUAUUUACAAGAAAAUCUUCCAGAAUGAGGAUCUGCGGGGAGUGGCUCAUGCUGAUGAUAUUUGCUAUUUGUUCCAGAUGGCAGGGGACGAGACUCCGAUGGAAAAAGACGAUGCGCUCGUCUCGGAGAAGAUUGCCCAGAUGUGGGCAAAUUUCGCGCGGCACGGCAAGCCAUCCGAUAGUUGGACACCAGUCCAAAGACCCCAGACUGGCCAACCCAUGCAGCUGGACUGCCUGCUCAUUGAUCGAGAGUGUAAAAUGCACAAGAAUCCGGAUGCAGAACGCAUGGAUUUCUGGCGCAGCAUGUAUCAGCGAUACAGCCCCCAGCGUAAUGUGAGAGCUAAGCUAUAAUUUGUCCUUAAUAGUUAUAAAUAGAGAAUUUU